AUGGCCUACGACGGCAAUCUCCCGGCACCCACCUUCGACCUCGACACCUACGCCAACAAUUACCAAGGCGCCCUCCUCCCGAUCCGCCUCGCGCACAUCUCCACCCACUGCCCCUCCCUCUCCCGCCAUGCCCUCUCCUCCGCCAUCGACGCCGCCAAGCAGGGCAAAGAUGUCCAGCUCUACGCCCGUCUGCACGACAUCGCCGACCGCCUCGGCUUCGCAGACCUCGCCAAGAUGGACACGGCGUGGGCGUCGAAGCAGGAAGAGGCGAAUCGGAGAGAGCUGUCCAGAUUAGAAGGAGAACUACGCGGCUACAAGAACAACAUGAUCCGCGAGAGCAUCCGCAUGGGCCAGGACGAUCUCGCAGCACACCAACUCAGCACCGGCGGGCCCGUCCCCGACCCCAACGAUCCGCAUUCACAGCACACCUCCGGCUACAAUGCCGCCUACCAGGCCUACGGCAAGAUGCGCGACUACUGCACCACGCCCACCCACAUCGCCAGCAUGACCCUCCGCCUAAUCUACACCUCUCUCCUCCAAGCCGUCUCCUCCCGCCAGGCCGGCGGCUCGCCCACCAUGUACUACAACACCGCCGUCUCCAACGCCCACCGCAUCCGCACCAUCGGCGUGAAGGAAGAAGAGAUGGACCGCCUCGUCCCCAUCAUGAACGCCUCCCUCGGCAUCGCUUACCUCGGCAACGGCUCCUACCGCGACGCCGCCUCCUACCUCCUCUCCACGCACCAAGACUACGCCACCUUGGGAGCGGUCCACAACACCGACUUCCCGCGCAUGGUCGCCAGCGGCAACGAUAUCGCCGUCUACGGCGGGCUGUGCGCUCUGGCGACGAUGGACCGCGAGCAGCUCCUCACUAGAGUCCUCGGCGGGCCGUUCCGCUUCUUCCUGGAGCUGGAACCCCAUAUGCGCAAAGCCAUCUCCCUCUACACCACCGCCAAGUACGAAGCCUGCCUCAACACGCUCCGCCACUACCACGCCGACUGGUCGCUCGACGUCUUCCUCGGCCCGCACGUCGACCUCUUAUUCGCCCGCAUCAGGGAGAAGAGCAUCACGGCCUACUUCUCCUCCUUCUCCCAGGUCUCCCUCUCCUCCCUCGCCUCCACCUUCCCGCCCGCUCACACCACUUCCUCCGAUGUUCAACACGCCAUGGAGCUCGAAGCACUCUCGAUGAUCCAAUCCGGCACCCUAGCCGCUCGCCUCGACGUCGUCAACGGCCUGCUCGUGGCCCCGCGAACGGAGGCGCGCGCGGCGACGCACGCGGAUGCGAAGGCCGCGGCGGACGAGGUGGAGCGGACGUUGUUGCUCAGGUUGCAGAGGGUCAAUGCGGUGGUGGCGGGGCUGGAGGUGCCGAGGGGGAAAGGUGGGGGUGCGCAGCAAGCGGGGUGGUGA